ACGAGCCGCCACUUCUAAAUCAGUAAUCAGUAAUCACACUGAAGUAGUGUUUCACUAGGAAACGACGUCGCUCCGAUCCCGUUUCUGUCAUUCUUUUCUGCACAAGGAAAGAGUGAAGCCACCGCCCGCCGCCAGCAUUUUUGCCACCCGGAGUUAGAAUUGGAGCUAUUAGUUCACUACAAUUUGUCGAUCUUUCAUUAGUUUUUUUUAUUCAGUAAAGGUUGCUUGAUUCUACCAUAAAAAUGGCGGGUUGUUCAUCAAGUAUUAGAAUAUCCCAUUUCAGUAAUUUGCUAAACGACACCGUUUUGUUGAGGUGCACUAGCCCCAACAAGGGUUUCACCUUUGCUAAACUCCAAUGCACCAAUAUCAACAAUAAAAAAAUGCAGAGACUUGUUAUUGUUAAUUCAUUGAAUUCCUCCGGGACCGAGCCUCAAUCGAAUGCAGCAGCAGUGACAACAAUCACUGAACAAGUUGACAUUGAUUUCGUUGCAAAAGAUGAUAAGGUUAUGGAAAUGAAUUACGACUCUGUACCUGAUAGUGAGAAUGGCGGUGGCGGGAAUGGCGGCAAUGGGAAGUUUUCCGGUGGCGGAGGUGGUGGUGGCGGUGGCGGUGGAGGGGGCGGAGAUAAUAGCGGUGAUGACUAUGAAGAAAAGGAGUUUGGGCCGUUAUUGAAAUUCGAGGAGGUGAUUAGAGAAACAGAGGCAAGAGGGGCAAGUCUUCCAGCCGAUAUGUUGGAGGCCGCCAAAACUGUGGGGUUAAGGAAAGUUCUUCUGCUUCGAUAUUUGGAAUUGGAGGGUUCUGUUUGGCCGCUCGGAUUUCUAAUGAGGUCAUGUGGCAUGCUUAGGAACAGAAUGUUGGCCGAUCCUACGUUUCUCUUCAAGAUUGGAACAGAGAUUGUAAUAGAUUCAUGUUGUGCAACAUUUGCGGAAGUCCAAAAGAGAGGGAAUGAUUUCUGGGCAGAAUUCGAACUGUAUACUGCCGAUCUUCUAGUUGGUGUUGUAGUUAAUGUUGCCCUAGUUGGUAUGUUAGCUCCAUAUGCUCGAAUUGGACAACCAUCUUCUUCCCAGGGUAUUUUCGGCCGUAUGAUGAGAGCUUACGGUGCACUUCCUAGCAGUGUAUUUGAAGCAGAAACGCCCGGGUCUAGAUUCUCGGUAAAUCAAAGAAUCGGAACCUAUUUCUACAAGGGAAUUAUGUACGGAUUUGUUGGAUUCGGAUGUGGUAUUAUCGGUCAAGGGAUUGCAAACCUAAUAAUGACAGCCAAGAGGAGCAUUAAAAAAUCGGAGGACGACAUUCCAGUUCCGCCACUUAUAAAGAGUGCAGCUCUUUGGGGUAUUUUUCUGGCAGUGUCGUCAAACACCCGAUAUCAGAUUAUCAACGGGCUGGAGCGAGUAGUCGAAGCAUCUCCAAUGGCGAAGCGGGUCCCACCUAUUGCAUUAGCUUUCACAGUCGGGGUGAGAUUUGCGAACAACGUCUACGGUGGGAUGCAGUUUGUGGACUGGGCUAGGUUGUCUGGUGUACAAUAAAAACAAACUAAAAAGAAAGCAUUCUCGUACUCCUGUCUGAAAAUCUUUAUCAGUGUUUCUUUUGGGGGCAACUAUUUCACCCCCCAUUUUCGGAUAUCUUUUGCUUCUUGAUAAUAAACUGCGUUGACCUGUUUA